AUGAACUUGUUAUUGCUAUUUUUAUUCACUUUUGUUGUUUCAAAUGGAUCAGCGCUGAAGUUUCUGGUCUACAAUCCCAAAUUUGGAGGUAGCCACACUUUGUUCAUGGGGAAACUGGCUGAUGAGAUCGCUGGAGCUGGUCAUGAUGUUGUAAGUUGAAGUCUUAUGUUGUUUUAGGUAUUUUUGAUGUUUUUCUUUGUAUUUUUAAUAUUUUAGGUAUUUGUUUUCUAUUUUAUUACCUAUUGUUAACUUUUGAUUUAUGAAAAACUGUUUUAUCUUGGAUUUUACCUAAAAUUAGUAAAAAACUUGUUUCAAGCCAUUCCUUAUCUAAAGUUCUGUAUUUUAAUAAAUUUUGUUGUUGUUUAGGUAGUUGUUCAAACAAUUAUUGAUGGAAACAUUACUUUUGCUGGACAUACGAACAAAAAAGUUCGGCUUAUUGAAGUCCCAGUAAAAACUUCCAUCGCUGCUGUGGGCAGCAAGAUGAAGGAUAUGUGGACGUCGGAACAAACUGGUGUAAGAUGGUUUAGAUUGUGGAAUUACCUUGUGUCUAGCUUGAUAUAGGCUUGAUAUUUGAUUGUUUCGUUGUUUUUGGUUUAGUUUUAGCUAGUUUUGUCUUGAUUUUGAUCGAAUUUCUUUGAUUUUCAUGAAGUUUUGAUUAUUAUUAACUACCUUUGUUCUUUUUUUGACAAGUUUUAGGUAACAUUUUGCUAUUUUUGUUGUCUUUCACCUUUAGGUAACAAUCUGACGCUUUUACUCAUUUAGGACAUGGGAAUGAUGGGUCGAAUGUUCCGCGACGCUUGCUUAGAGCUUUACAACAACAAGGAUGUUAUCCAUGAGUUGAAAGGCGAACAUUUUGAUGUUGGAAUCGGCGAAUGGUUUGAUGUUUGUGGCCUAGGACUUUUUAAAUACGUUGGAAUCGAGAAAUGGAUCACAGCGUUCGGAUCGGCCGUUCCACUUCAAUUCAUGUCGGUUUUGGGCGUUCCACCGGCCGUCAGUUUCGUGCCUGGACUGUUUAUGCCGAGCAUGGGGCAUGGCAUUGUUAGUCGUGCGAAGGACAUUUUUGGAUUUGUUAUGGGCGACAAAGUCGUCUUCCCAAGUUUCUUGGGCACGACCGCUGAAGCUUACAAGGUUUUUGCGGAGAAUUUGGACUACAAAGUAAUUUGAUUGGACUAUAGUGGCUAGUUUCACUGGACUAUGGGGAUAUUAUGAUGGUUUUUGGGGCUUUGUAGGAGGGAUAAAAAGUUGCUUUAUAUAAUUAUAAGGUUGAUUUUUGAAGGAAGAAAAGGAAAAUAAUGAUAAAAAAUGUAGUUUAUCUGGACUAUAAGGCUGAUCUUGGCAUUGGAAGGGCUGGCGUUGGCUUUUAGAGUCGUUAUUUGGACUAUUUUUUAAAAACUGGCGUGAAAGAGAAGUCUAAAGAUGGGCUUUGAUAUAAUGUAAGAAAAUAUAGGUAAAAAAAUUGUUUUUAAAAGCUAUGUUCGAGUCAAAAUAACUGUAAGGCUACUAUAACAUGGAUAAGAAAGACUAAAUUUAAAAAACAUUUUUUUCAAAAUUAAACUUUUUUGAAAUUCAAGAAAUUUAAUUUAACCUCUAUUUUUACCCCUAAUUGUAAGCUCAUCUGACCUCAUUCUAGGACCUAAUCGCCAACAGCUCCUUCAUCUGGGUCAACACCGAUGAGUACGUGGACUUCCCACGCCCAAUCUCUCACAAAUAUGUUAACAUUGGAGGCUUCGGAAUGAAGAAGGCUUUGUCCAAGAUCAAUGCUUUGGAGCCCAAAUAUCAGCAGAUUUUCCAAAAAGCAAAGAAAGGUGUGGUUUACAUGUCAUUUGGAUCUGUGGCUCAGAGUGCUUGGAUGCCUCGGGAGAUGAAAAAUAACAUUUUGGAGGCUUUCAACGAGUUCCCUGAUGUUCAGGUAGGAAUUUUGAGUUUUUUAGUUGAGGAGGGGCUUGGAGUUUGAUUUUUAGUUUUUUUUGGCGAUGUAUUUUUUAUGAGGGGUAGAUUUCGAAUUUUUAGUUGGAAACGGCAUGGACGUUGAUUUUUGCUUUUUUGCGCAGGGUAUUUUUUAUGAAGGGGCGGAUUUUGAGUUUUUUAGUUGAAGAGUGGCAUGGAGUUUGAUUUUUAGGGUAUUUGCGCGGGGUAUUUUUUAAGAUUUUUUGGGGUGGAUUUUACAAUUUAAAAAAUUUUUUUGUUUUUUAAAUGAAUUUUAAAGUUCUUGUGUAAAAAACAUAAUUUAAAAAUAAACUUUCAACAACAACCCUACCUAAUCACAUUUACUCAAAAACUUCCAAAAUUAGUCAAAAAUCAAUGAAACGUAAAAUAAGAUAAGGCAGAUGUUUUUCUCAAAAAAAUGUUUGCGAAUUGCUAUCAGGAAACGUGAUUAACUUCAUUCAUCACAGAUGAAGUGAUAAGAAUAGGCAUGUGAACAUAUUAUAAUAUUUUAAAAUUUGUUGUUGAGUUUGGAGUGAUAAGAGCGAAGGUAUGAUAGAUACGAUAGGCUGUAUGAUAAAUAAAAUACGAAAAUAGAUUUUUUUCUUGAUGUACAGGAUUUUUAUGUUGUAGGCCUAAAUGGGGGAUAGAGUCAAACGAAGGCCUCAUGGGGCUCAGCUUAGGUCUUACAACGAAAGAUAUUACUUGCAAAAAGUGUAAAACAAUUACAGUUUUAACCUACACUUAUAUUACCUUGUUUCAGUUCAUCUGGAAAUACGAAAAUGAGACCGAGAACAUUGCUGCCAAGUACUCGAACGUUCACACCGGCAAAUGGCUGCCACAAAGAGAGAUCAUCUCACACGAAAAGGCCUUGGUCUUCAUUACUCAUGGAGGUAUGAACUCGAUUACUGAAGCCACUUAUGCUGGAAUCCCAAUGAUCUGCAUUCCAUUGUUUGGAGAUCAGAAUAGGAAUGCUGGAAUGAUCAAGUCUAAAGGGUCAGCUUUGAUUUUGGAAAGGGAUGAUCUUCUGAAGAAGGAUUCUAUCGUCAAGACGUUGAGGGAGUUCAUGGAGGAUAAGAGGUAGUAAAGGGCAAUGAUUGUUUGAAAAGAGGCGAUAUGGCUAGACCUGAUAGGCCCAUUAGGUCUUUCCCUGGACCGGACUUGCACAUGUGGGCUCGAGUGAUAGGGCUUUAACCGCAAAAAAAUUUAAAAUUUAAAAAAAAUUUGAAAUUUUAAAAUUUAAUUUUUCAGCUACAAGCAAAAAGCUCAAGAACUGAGCAAAAUCAUCAAGAACAAGCCAUACUCACCGGAAGAGAGAAUUAUCAAAACGGCCGAAUUUGCAGCUCAAUAUGACGUUCACGAGCAUCUCGAGCUGGCUGGACGCCACAUGAACAUCAUCCAGUACUACAACAUUGACGUCUUCUUUGUGGCUCUAGUCUUGCUCAACAUUCUGAUUGUUGUUUUACUUUUUGUUGGUCUUUUCGUCAAAAACUUGAUCUUCGGUCCGUCGAAGAGGGAAAAGACUGAGUAG